AAUAUUUUUAUCAUAUAUUCCAAAUUGAAUAUAUAUAUUUACAUAAUAGUGUGAAAUGGUAAAAAAUUACUCAGAAUAAAUUUUAGAUUACAGUCAUACCAAACAAUUAAAAUCUAUGUUUCUCACUAUUUGUUAUACGAAGUUUUACUUUGUCUCACUAAAAUGGUGCAGGGCAUCUUACAUGGUGCAAGCCUUCUCAUGGCAUUGUGAAACUUGGAUGGUGCAAUUCGGGAUGACAGGUGCGGACUUGGAUGGUGCCUGCGAGACGAGGAAGGAACUUUUGUUGUUGGUGCUGCUCAACCAUGGCCGGGGAACCUUUCGCUGCUUGGAGCCGAACUUGUUGGGAUUCAGAAGGCUUUUAAGCUGGCUGAAAGAGCUUGGAUGGACAGCUAUUGAGGUUGAAUCUGAAGCAGUUGGUGCCAUAUCUGAAAUAUCAAAUGGGUCGAGCUGCUCUUUGAUUUGUUUAUUGAGACGAAAUAAGAGAUUUAGAGGGAAAAAAUUCGAGCAUUUCU